GCCCAUCCCCUCCCCGCACCAUGGCCGCCGCCCCGCCAGAGCUGCGCCAGUCGCCCGCCGCACCGCCGCCGGCGCUGGACGCGGCCGCUGCGGGCACGCAGUACACGGCUGCGUCGCUGCGCCGGCUGCAGAACCGCCUCAUCGGCAGCCGCACGCGCAAGGCCGAGCUCGUCGCGCGCGGCGAGGUGCCCGCCAUCAUCGCCGUCCUCUCGCUCGCGCCGACGGAGGAGUCGCUGAGCCUCGUCGCGCUCGCAGCCACGAUCCUCUCGUCGCUGGCGCACGCGUGUCCGCGCCCGGCGCUGCUGGCGCUGCUGCGUGCGGCGCUGCCGGCGGCGCUGCUGCAUGCCCUCGCCGCGCUGGCGCCGCCCUUCUCGCAGGCGGCCGCACACGCCCUCGAGGCGCUGCUGCGGGCCCUCAAGGCGCUCUCGGGCGCCCUGCGCACGCUGCUGCUGCCCGGGCCGCGCGCACACGCGACGCCGCUGGCGCUCUCGGCGCGCACGCCGGCGCUGCCGCCAGCGCCUGCCGACUCGCUCUUCCCGCUCGCACGCACGGCCGUGCAGCUGCUCUUCGCCGAUGCGAGCCUGCCACUCUGGCUCGCCCCGCUGCUCGCGGCGCCGCCGCUGCCGACGCGCGCCAUGCCCGCCUCGAAUGCCUCGCGCAUCUUCGUGCGGCCAGGCAGCGCCACGGCUGGGCCCAGCACGCCGCGCUCCUCCUCACCCGUGUGCUCGGCGCCGGCCAUGCCCGCGACCUCACUGCCACCGCCGCUGCGGCUUGCGGAUCUCGUCUUUGCCAUCCUUGGCAAUUGCAUCGGGAUUCCGUCGCAAAGUGCCUCGGGUGCUGCUGCUGCGGCACAGCAGGACGCCGACGCCGCAAGCGAGAUUGCCCUGCGCAAGGCGCGCGUGCUGCGCUUCCGGCCGGCCGCUGCGAGAGGCUCGGCGAGCCUGGCGGAGGAGUCCGAGAUGAGGGCGCGUUCCGCCGCCGGUACUUCAUCCGGCACCUCGCAGCACGCGCACGAGCAUGUGGACGCGGACGGCGACGUCGGCAUGCAGCCAACACCGAGCAGCGCCGCGGCGCCCCAGGCCCGGGUAGUGCAGCGCGGCAAAAGUGCCGAGCGGGAGCGUGAUCACGAGCGCGGACGCAGCACACGGUUGCGCAGUGACGACGAGAGCAGAGCGCGGGCCGGUGUGCUGCGUGUGCUGCUCGAGGGCGCAGAGUGCGGCUUUGAGAAGACGCAAGAAGCUGCACUUUGGGCGCUGGCGGAGCUGGUGUGCGAGGACAUCGGCACCACUCAGAGACUCGUUACUUGUCCCACGCCGUCCGGCCACCUGCCCACGGCAAUGCUGCUGAAUCUCGCCAAGGAGCCGUCUGCCCCUGUCCGUCUGGCGGCGAUGAGCUGCCUGGUCAACUUUCUCAAGGUCCACCCUUUCUCCGCCAAGACGCACGAGUGUGUUCUUUCUGUCAUAAUCGAGCUCACCGACGAGGUUGGCGAGGUGCAGAUUGCCGCCACCUUCACGCUCGCGCGUCUCGUCGCCGACGACGCAGAGCUGCAGAUGCUCGCUGCCGAGCAGUACGAUGCCGUGCGCCGACUCGGCGCUCUGCUGCACAAGACCAGAACAGCAGUCGCAUCGCACGACAGCGGCGCCGAGGGCAGGCCCAGCGAUGACGGAGUGAUUCGGCUCCGAGAGGCGACUCUGACCGCCCUCGCGGCUCUCGCGUUCCAACGCGAUGAAAUCCGCCGCGCCAUUGUCGAUGCCACGUCGCCGGCGCUGCUGCCGCUGAUCGUGCCCAGCCUGACGGCCUCAGACCUCGGCAUCCGAGUGGCCGCGUGCCGCCUUGUGCGAGCCCUGUCGCGGUCCAUCUCCAUUCUGCGAACGUCUCUGGUCGAUGUUGGCGUGGCGGACCAGCUCAUCCGCAUCCUCAAGGACGACGCGGAGGAUGCCGAGGUCAAGCAGGAGGCGACCGCGACCAUCUGCAACUUGGUCCUCAAGUUUGCGCCGAUGAAGCAGCUCCUCGUAGACGGCGGCGGCGUCGCGAAGCUCAUUGAGCUCGCACAGAGCGCCGCCUCGGGGGGAAUGCGCCUCAACGCUCUGUGGGCGCUCAAGAACAUCCUCUGGAGCAGCGAGACCGAGACAAAGCGGGCGCUGCUCGACACGCUCGGCUGGGACUACGUCGCCGAGCUGGCGCUCGACACGGCGGGCACGGACGAGGCGGCGCAAGAGCAGGCGCUGAGCAUCAUGCGCAACGUGGCCUCCUCUCGCGAGGCCGACAUCGAUCUCACGUUGCGCGGCUUCGGCACCCAGCGCUUGCUCGACCUGCUGGAGGCCGUUGUGUGGCAGAAGCGCGGCUCGGCCAUCACCGAGCAGGCCGCCUACGUGCUCGUCAACCUUGCAACAGGCUCCGAGUCGCAUCGGCGCAGCAUCAUCGACCGUCCGAACCUGAUCGAGGCGCUGCUGUACUUCCUCACGCACAAGACCGCCGAGAUCCGGCUUGCAAGUGUCUGGGCCGCGCUGAACCUCACGAUCCGCACCUCUCGCACCAGCACGACUCUGCCGGCAGGCGACAUCGCAGCCGACGCGCUCGCGCGCCUGCGCGCGUUCGAGUACGACGUGCAUCUGCGACCCCUCGCCGACGAUCCCGAGCGAGACGUCGCCGACAGGGCCAAGAGCCUGCUCGCCCUGUUUGACGAAUCACUCCCUGCCAGAGGCUAG